AUGAAGAACGUUUUAUCUUUGCCUCCAGAAGUGCUGGAGACGAUCAUCAAUCUGUUAGACACGAAUUCCAAAACAACAGUCGUGGACUAUUUCCAUUGGCUCAAGGCUAUAGGCAAUUCGUAUCCGCGCCUCAAUGCGUUGAUCAGAGAAAGAAUGGUUGUAUGCAACAUGAGCAAAAAAGAAUCUGAACUCGUACGUGUUCUAAGUGGGACGUCCACCGUGGUAAAUGCUGAAGACUUUGAGAAGUACGUUAUUCCUGCCGAUGUAAAGCAUUUGAUUAUAGCUGUAGAUGGUGAGCUUUUCGAAAAAGGAACUACUGCGAAGAUUUCUCAACCUUGUGGUGACAUUACAGUAUCGCUUGCUUAUCACUACACCGAUGCUGUUUCUUUACAUGCGAUUCAUCAUAGCUAUAGAAAAAGAUAUCCGCAAGAGUUUAUGCGUGUCGAAAACAUCAUUUUGGUAGGAGACCAUGAAGAUUUGUAUUUUUGCGCUUCUGAUGGGAAUUUGUUUGACACGAGCAACUACUCAAGUACAGACCCGAUUUUUCCAGGUGUCACCUUUUUGAAUGCAGAAUGGCUAAAAAUCGAAUAUGACUGCCUAUCUACUUUUGUUGAAAACAUGGCUGGCCAUGGUCACAGUUCAAUAUUGGAGACAUAUUUCCGCAUCUCCAUCGGAUUUCCUGCUCUCAAACAGAUUGAGUUCGUAAAAGUGGAUGGUUGGUGCAAAAGGACUUCUCUGAAUUUAAUUGACCUUGAUUUCCUAUUAUCAAAUACAACAUCGAGUGCUUUGAGCCUACGAGAUUUUUUUCACUUUCAUUCUUUGCGUAACUGGAAUCUACCAUCAAUAAAGGAGUUCACAGGACAUCAUAUUCGAUAUAAAAAGAUAAUCGCUGACACACGUAGUGAAGAUUAUGGAACUUCUUUGAUGAAAAACGAGGAACCCUGGUUAACUGAGAGAUUGUUGAGAAAAUACGAAUUUGAAGACAUAGUCCGUAGGAUGCGGGCGAGACUGCAAAUUGAAAGUGCAGAUGGUCUUAUACGUAUCAAGGUUCAGCUCGUCCCAGAUGGAGUAUCGCACACAACAAUUGGAAAUUGGUUGUCUUUUAAUUUGCAUUUAAACGGUAUUACAAAUUUUGCUUCUCCCUUGAUAUGCUUUCAGCAGCCUUGUCUUACAUCUCUGAGAGUGACAAUGAUGGCUGUACAGCCUGGGGGACUUGUGAUGGUGGAGGGAUUUUAUUUGACGCAGAUCGAAAGCUUCGAAAUUGUCUAUAAUGAGGACUUACUGCACGAAAAUGCUGUACAUCCCUUUUAUCACUUUACGUUCUCCGACUGGAAUGACUUGAGAAACUGUAAAAGAGUGCUGUUCACCUCAAAAAAAUCUCUCAGAUGCUUCACGCAUGUUCAGGCAGAUUGUUUGAGAAGCGCCCUUCCCCGAUCGGAUCUGGAGGUUAAAUUAAAGCAUGUAGAUCUCAAUAACUCAGAAUUUAGUGCACCAGACUAUAAAGUGCAUUGA